CUGUGUCUGCAGAGCUGCCUGUGCUGUGGGUCCCCUGUCCCCUCCUCUCAGCUGUAUUCUUAUCUGUGCCGCUGACUCCUAUGCAGCUGGCUGUAAGAGGAUAAAGCCCUGCCAUGUGAGAGGGAUGAACUAACACAAAGUGACAUUUGAGGAAAAUACAGUCCGUUUAUUCUGGAUCUCCUUGCAGCACAGACACCUCUUGUUGUUACACCUAUACGAUCCUGUGGUAAUUAUGUCAAAGCGAGUGGCUAUUAUCGGUGCAGGGUGCAGCGGCCUCUCAGCCAUCAAAUGUUGUGUAGAAGAAGGCCUGAAACCCACAUGUUUUGAGCAGAGUGAUGGAAUCGGAGGACUCUGGAGGUUCACAGAAACCGUGGAAGAGGAUAGAGCGAGCAUUUAUAAAUCGGUGUUCACAAAUACGUCCAAAGAGAUGAUGUGCUACAGUGAUUUCCCAAUGCCUGAAGACUUCCCGGUGUAUCUGCAUCAUUCCAAAAUCUUAGAAUACCUCCACCUAUAUGCAGAACACUUCAACCUCUUACAAUACAUUCAGUUUCAGACUAAAGUUUGCAAUGUGAAACAACAUCAGGAUUUUGCAACUACAGGAAAGUGGAACAUUGAAAAAGAAAAUGGAGGGAAGAGGGGCGUGGAUGUUUUUGAUGCGGUUAUUGUUUGUAAUGGACACUAUAAUGACCCGUACUUGCCAUCUGACUGUUUUCCAGGUUUAGAAAAUUUCAAGGGCAGCCACAUUCACAGUCGUUUCUACAAAACAAGUGAUGAGUAUCGGGGGAAAACAGUGGUGGUUGUGGGAACAGGGAAUUCAGCUGGAGAUAUUUCUGUGGAACUCAGCCAUAUUGCAAAACAGGUUUACCUUAGCACCAGACAUGGAUCUUGGGUAGUUAGCAGAAUUUCCCGAGGUGGAUUUCCAAUAGACAUGACAAUGUCAAGACGAUACACUAUGUGGAUCAAGAAUUUACUGCCGAGAAUGCUUGCUGCCAAGAUAAAUGAGAAGAUCAUGAGUAGCUGGUUUCACCACUCAAACUUUGGCUUGGAACCUAAAUUCAGGUUAAAACAUCCAAUUGUAAAUGAUUACCUCCCCAGCCAGAUCUUACAGGGAUCAAUCGUGGUGAAGCCCAAAAUUACAUCAUUCUCUGACACAUCUGUCAUUUUUGAAGAUGGGUCUGUGGCAGAUGUGGAUGAAAUAAUUUUUGCUACGGGAUACAGUACGAUGUAUCCUUUUCUGGAUGAUGAUAUAAUCAAACUUAAUAACAACGAUGUCUCCUUAUAUAAGUACGUGUUUCCAAUUUAUCUGGAAAAACCAACACUUGCAUUUCUGGGACUCGUUCAGCCUCUUGGACCCAUCAUGCCGACCGUUGAAUUACAGGCUCGUUGGGCAACCAGAGUGUUCAGUGGUGCAGCUCAACUACCAUCAGUCAAGAAGAUGGAAAACUACUGCCUAAAAAGCAAGGACAUAAAAAAUAAAUGGUUUGGUCUGGGGAGGACUCAAGUUCUCCAAACACAUUACAUUGACUACAUAAAUGAUGUUUCAAAAGAAAUUGGAGUCCACCCAAACAUGAUCUUUAUUUUUCUCACUGACCCAAGAUUGGCAUGGCAGGUAUUUUUCGGGCCAUGUACCCCUUACCAGCUGCGGCUCAAUGGACCUGGGAAAUGGUCUGGGGCCAGAAAGGCCAUUCUUACACAGUGGGAAAGAACAAUAAAGCCAACCAGGACACGGGUUUUACAUGAAUGUCCUGAAUCCUGGAUAAACAUUAGGAGUGUGCUGGUUAUUGGUUCACUAUUAGCAGCAAUAUGGUUAUUAAGAGCAAGAUGUAAUGCUGGACCGAGUGGGCACUGCCCAUGGACCACUAAUGGCGCCUCUUGGACCAAAAUAUUUUCAAUGGCUAGAACAAAUCCUAUGUGAUGAUAUGAGCAACAGAAAAUGUUAUUUUUAGAUUGAUAUUUAUAAGCUCAUUGUCCACUGAAUUGACACAAAUUUUGGGUAAUAUGUUAGAGCUGCUAUUCUUUCUGUAACCAAAUUUUUAUGUAUUUUCAUAUGUUUAUAAUCAUUUUUAUGAUUUUAUAUUAAAAGGAGAAAAAAGAGUGUUUGUGUUUGUAACUGGGAUACUCUCACACC